CGUCCAGUUUGCACUCACUGCAGGCAAAAGGGGCAUGAGAUCGAUUCAUGCUUCAAACUACACGGUUAUCCAGACUGGUGGGAAGAGAAACACCGCCCAAAGGAGCUUUGGGUUCUUCUGCUAACCGCGGUGGGGCGGUUAGGACCCAUGCAAUCAACUCAAACCUCCAGUCAACCGGGGAAGGGGCUUCUUCCUCCCAGAAUUUAGGUGUUCCUGGACUGCCUCCAUUGACUACUGAAUAGGUGCAAGCCAUAUUGAGUGUCCUUAAUAUGGAUUCUCGCUCUUCUGACCGGAUGUCUGGACCUACGCUCGAGGAACCUGAUUGGAGCAGGUGAAAGGCGGGAUGGGCUAUUUUAUUUUAGAGAGGUGCCGACUUUGCAUGCUGUCCAGACAUCUACACUUUCGUCAUUUGAGCUGUGGCAUCGUCGAAUGGGUCAUCCUUCUGAUCGGGUCCUCAAAUUGUUACCUACUUUUGUUUCUAGUUCUCUUCCGAAAACUUUGAAUAAGUCGUGUGAUGUGUGUCCACAAGCCAAACAAGUGCGUGAUUCCUUUCCUGUCAGUAAUAAUAAAUCGAGUAGAAUUUUUGAACUUAUUCAUUGUGACUUGUGGGGCCCAUAUAAGACUCCAUCAACCUGUGAUGCUGUGUAUUUUCUUACUUUGGUGGAUGACUUUUCUCGUGCCGUUUGGGUGUAUUUGUUACGUGAUAAAAAGGAGGUUCACCAUUAUUUUCUCUCAUUUAUUGCUAUGGUUGAAAAACAACACAAUGUUUCCAUCAAAAUUGUCCGUAGCGAUAAUGGGACUGAAUUUAAUUGCAUGCACCCUUAUUUUGAUACUCAUGGCAUUCUGUUCCAAACAUCUUGUGUUCAUACACCCCAACAAAAUGGGAGAGUUGAACGCAAACACAGACAUAUCUUAAAUGUUGCUCGUGCCUUGAUGUUUCAAGCAAAUUUGCCUGUUGCUUUAUGGGGUGAGUGUGUUCUUACUACCGUGCAUUUAAUUAAUCGUACACCUUCUGGGCUUUUGGGAGGAAAGACACCUUAUGAGAUUUUGCAUGGCGUUUCCCCCGAUUUUUCUCAUAUACGCGUGUUUGGCUGUCUGUGUUAUGCUCAUAAUAUUUAUUCCCGUGGCGAUAAGUUCUCCCCACGAAGUCGUCGCGGGGUAUUUGUUGGUUAUCCCACCGGUAAAAAGGGGUGGAAAAUAUAUGAUUGGGCAACCGGAGAAAUAUUUGUGUCCCGGGAUGUAAUAUUUCAUGAGGACGAAUUUCCUUUUUCGGCUAUUCCUCCUGAAAAUGCUGAAGCCUCACUGCCAGAUGUGGAUCCGAGUCCUCCUUUACUUGAUAAUGAGUCCGAAGCUAUCCUCCCAGUCUCAGCUGAAGCUGCUGCCGCGGACCAUACACAUGCAGCUACCGAAGAAGAUCAUUCUGCCGAUGCACCCCUCGGUCGUGGAUUACGUUCUCGGCGUCCGUCCGUUCGACUACGGGACUUUGUCACAAAUCAUGUACAACAUUUAAGCCCAUCCCCGUCCCACACCUCUUCCAUCAGCUCCUCAGGCCACGAACCACAAUCUUUUAAGGAAGCUAUGCAAAGUGAGAGCUGGCGUGAUGCUAUGCAAAGUGAAAUUCGGGCAUUGGAAAAUAAUCAGACUUGGGUAAUGGAACCGCUUCCGCCAGGUAAAAAGGCUCUUGGUUGCAAAUGGGUGUACAAAAUUAAGUACAACUCAGAUGGAACCGUUGAGCGUUUUAAAGCUCGUCUUGUCGUGUUUGGCAACCACCAACAAGAAGGCAUAGACUAUACCGAAACAUUUGCUCCUGUUGCUAAAAUGGUCACCGUCCGCCUGUUUUUAGCUGUAGCUGCCGCUAAAAAUUGGGAAUUGCAUCAGAUGGAUGUUCAUAAUGCAUUUCUUCACGGGGACUUGGAUGAGGUGGUUUAUAUGAAACCGCCUCCUGGGUUCUGUUCCUCUCGGCCUGGGCAGGUUUGUCGACUAAAGAAGUCAUUAUAUGGUCUUCGUCAGGCCCCGCGAUGCUGGUUUGCAAAAUUAUCUGCUUCGCUGAAGCAGUAUGGUUUUCAGCAGUCAUAUUCUGAUUAUUCUCUUUUUACACUGACACAGGGCUCGGCUCAAUUAUUUAUUCUCAUUUAUGUUGAUGAUUUAAUUAUUGCGGGCAAUGAUAGCAGUGCUAUUGCUCGAUUUAAAUCUUAUCUGCAUAAUUGUUUUCAUAUGAAAGACCUUGGAUUUCUGAAGUAUUUUCUUGGGAUUGAGGUGGCUCGUAGUGCUGAUGGCAUCUUCCUUUGCCAGCGAAAAUAUACUCUGGACAUUAUCUCGGAGACUGGACUGCUUGGGGCUAAACCCACGCAUUUUCCUAUUGAACAGAACCAUAACUUGGCUAUUUCUCAGAGUGAUUUUCUGGCUGAUCCGGAGGCCUACCGACGUCUAGUUGGGCGACUUCUUUACCUAUCUUUUACUAGGCCUGAUCUUGCCUAUGCUGUUCAUAUUUUAUCUCAAUUUAUGCAGGCUCCUAGACAGGAUCAUUGGACAGCGGCCUUACGGGUUGUUCGCUAUCUCAAAGGAACUCCUGGACAAGGCAUUCUUCUCAGUUCUACGUGUGACUUAACUCUUACAGGUUGGUGUGACUCCGACUGGGCCAGCUGUCCACUUACUCGUUGGUCUCUUACUGGAUGGAUUGUUUUUUUGGGUACUUCACCUAUCUCGUGGAAGACAAAGAAGCAACAUACUGUAUCUCGUUCUUCCACCGAGGCAGAAUACCGAUCCAUGGCUGCUACCACCGCUGAACUUAAAUGGGCUAAGGGGCUUCUUCUUAGUCUGGGUAUUGAUCAUCCACGUUCUAUGACUCUAUACUGUGACAACAACUCGGCUCUUCACAUUGCUCAUAACCCUGUUUUUCAUGAGCGUACCAAGCACAUUGAGGUUGAUUGUCAUUAUGUUCGUGAUGCCAUUCAAGCGGGAUUGCUCGUUGCUCGUCAUGUCUCUACCACUGAUCAAUUAGCAGACAUCUUCACUAAGGCAUUGGGCAAGCGUCAGUUUCUUUAUCUUCUUCACAAGUUGGGCAUUUUUGAACCUCAUGCUCCAACUUGAGAGGGGGUAUUAGCGUAUUGAUUAUGGGCUUAGCCCACUGUAAUUAAUUUAAUUUAAUUGUAUUUAUUAGUUUUGGCUAAGGGCUCUAUUGUAGAUAAAUACUUGUAUAAAUAUCUUCCCUAAGGGUGAUCAAUAGAGGAGGGGAAUUUACCCUAACAUAUACACACGUCUCUAAACUUAUCAAACAAGCACCCCUAUACUAUUUCUGCUCCUGGUUUUAUUACUACAUCGACACUUGUACACUUGCAAGUUUUAGCCGAUCAGCUUCCCAUUGAUUGAGUAGCCACAGUGUCGCCUGACUGGCCUGAAUUCAGGCGAUGGCCUUUUAGCAUCCGAAUGAGUGCUGCUGGGUUGAGACUUGAGAGACCCCCAGAGUGACCACUGAUUAAUCCCUCCCAUUACUAGAUUCAACCGGACGACAAAAUGAUGCUAGUAGAUCCCCAAAGAAGAAAAUUGAAGCUCUCCAUCAUUGUUGGAAUCACCGCCUCCAGAUCUCCCCAUCAUUGCCCACUUCAGCGCCGGCGGAAUUGCCAAGUCGCUUCUCUCCUGAUACCCUCAUGUCCUCAUUUUCCCUACCAAACUAUUAGGUUUAUAAAUAGUAUUUGGCCAACAAAGAAUGAACCUUCGGCAAACAUUAAUAUCAAAAUUCUGAACCAUACCUAAACUGUAACGAUUUCAUGCUGAAUAUUUUGCAAACCCAUAUUGAAACCAUAUCAAUAUAGUUUCAUACAGUACCAUAGUGUAUAAGGUUUUUUUUUUUACUUAGAUUGAAAAUUUGUGGCCGUUCUGGUAAAUGUCUAGAAUCUGUGUAUUUUUUAACUAUCCAAGUCUGGUUUGGUCUCGAUUGAUCUGGUCUGGGAAUGAAAACAGUCUAAGUAAAAACAUCUUUAAAAUGAUGUAUGCCAAAACUUCAAUGAAUUUAGCAAUUUGCAAUAUGGUAAUUCAGUAGAUGAAACUUUGGUAUAUUUCCUAGCUUAUAGACAAUUGAUCAGUGGUAGAUAGGAAAAGAACUACACACGUGGGCUAUUGUCCUCUGAGAGAAGUUUUAUAUUUUUCUUGAUGGAGAACAAAUUAGAACGUGUUUCUAAGAGAUCUAGAUCACUUUUCUCCAAAAAUAUUAUGGUAUACAUGUGUUGGCUUAAAACAAAAUCCAAGAUGUGGGGUCUUAGCUCUCAAAGGCAAGCUAUUAUAAAAGGGAGAUUCUAUUUACAGCCUCUAUUUUGCUAAGUACAGCCCCCGUUUAGCUCUCAAAGGCAAGCUAUAAUAACAUCCGGAAACUUUUGAACUAAUAACAGUUUACUGAGCGUAAAAUCACAUGCAGAGAUGGAAUCGUUCAGGAUUUAUCUAUUUAUUCUGUAUACACGUCGCCAGCAAUAAGGGAAACACAAAUUUGAUGAAAUCCGUGAAUUCUUGAUUAAAAAGAAGGCUCCAUUCGAGAUUGUAAAUAGAUUUACCUUCAGCCUUCAAGCACCACAUACUAUGAGGGAACCUGACAAUCCCACAUUCCCAUCUAUUACAAGAGUAUAAGCUAAUUACGAAGCACAUAAUAAUCUAUUUACAAUCUCAAGUCCCACCUCAGACUCUACAAAGUAAACAAAUCUCCCAGAAGAGAAAAAGUAAGCAGCAGUUCAGGUCGCAGAAGGAGAAAGAGUUAAAAUUUUGGGACUUAAUUAGCUUAAGCUGCUGAAGACGACGGUGUGCAGAUGAGGACGUUGAGAUGGGAGACCGACAGCCGCCUGCGACUGAGACCCACAAAACCGGAUGUGUGGUUAGAUCCCCGCUCACUACUACUUUGGGCGCAGAGGAAGGUUAGUGUUCAAAGAUCAAAGUCUCACAGGCGAGUAGCCUUCAAUCAUCGAUUGGCGUUAUUUUUGUUAUUUGGGUCACACAGACCACACCUCUGCCCAGCAGCUGUACUUGUGGAAAGAAGAGGACUUUUUGGUUGAGGACGGGAGUGACGAUGGAGUGUCUUGACGUUGCAAGAAUGGGUAUAAUAGGUAUUAUGAAAUAUAUUUUAUCCAAAACGGAACUAAGGGGCUGUAGUUAGCAAAGAUGAGGCUGUGAAUAGAAUUGCCCAUUAUAAAAUCCACUCUGCUCCCCCUCUAUCUCAAAGUAUCUUCGUGACAUGCAAGACAUCGCGACAGAUCUAGGUCUUGCUAAAACUCCCGUAUUUAUCACAUACUUCCUCCGUUCUUUUUUAGUUGCAACGGUCAACAUUUCACACUUGCCAACGCACAUCUUUGACCGUAACUAUAUCUUAAUCUCUAUUAGUUAAAAAUAAUUAAAAAUCAGAUUUUGAAAAUUUGUAAUGAGAUGAAUUGAACAAUAUCUUUUUUAAAAAAUAAUUUUCGUAAAAUAAUACCGUAAAAUGUAGUCAAAGUAGAACACGUGAAUAGUGUAAAAUUCAACAUGUUACGAUUAAAAAGAAACGGAGGAUAGUAUCUUUUAAUCCCUAUUUUGAAUCAACUUUUUGAAGAAUAUAUGCCCAUCAUUGUAAUACUUGAGAUUAGCUUAGAAGAACUAAUAGUAAUAAUCAUACCACCAAGAUUCAUCUUCUAAGAACUCCAUGUUAAGCAUACUUGCACAAAAGUAGUACUAGGUUGGGUGAUCCAGUAGAAGUUUCUCAGGGCACGCAUGAGUGAGGACAAAGUGCGCAGUAAAAUCUUGUGUUGGUGUGUAGGGACAGUACCAGGUCUGGAUGACAUUCAGGAGUAACAACAUUGGAUUCUAUGGGGCCGUGGUGUUACAAUCAUUUCUACUUGUGGCGGAAAUUGAAUAUAUUCUUAUCGUCUCUCACCCCUUCUACAAAACAUGCAUAUCGCUCUCCUUCUAUUUUGCAUCAUUCGUCCAACUUCCUUCUUGUCACGUGCUUGCUCCAUGCACAUAUUAGUUCUCAUGAGUCUCUAGAUGCUUUUGCUCACUCACAAAUAUAAUUAUGUGCAUGUCUAAUGCAUGUAUGACUUCUUUUUUGUUGCAAGAGUGUGUAGCUCUUUCUGCCUCACGCAGAAAUAUAGAUCUCCCUCAACAACCUCCUUAACUCCUUAAAUUCUUCUCCUCUGAUUCAGUUGCCAUCUUUCCCAACCUUUCACCCUUUAGCCUCUGCCUUUUCUAUUCUCUUUUUCCCUUAUCCCUCUUCUACCAGUACCCUCCAUCCAAUUACAUGUUACUAUGGCCAUUCCCUUAUGAAUCUCGAUCGAUCUCCACCAUCCAUCCCAUUUCUUCUACCCCUAAACCCAAAUAUGUUACUCAAUCAAUGAGGGAGCUGUUAUGGCAUUAAGAUAUGAAUGCGCUUAGUCCCUCGCUCCACGUACUGAAGUUGAAUAUCACGUCCGUGCUAAUGCCAAUGCCGAGC